AUCAUCGGCUCCCACAUGAUGCGGGGAGUGAGCGGGGGGGAGCGCAAGCGCGUGUCGAUUGGCCACGAGCUACUCAUCAACCCCAGCAUGUUGCUGCUGGAUGAACCCACCAGCGGGCUAGACAGCACCACCGCGCUCCGUCUGAUGCACACGCUCCGGUCCCUAGCGUCGGGGGGCCGCACCAUCGUGACGUCCAUCCAUCAGCCCUCGAGUCGCCUGUACCGGCAAAUGGAUAAUGUAUGUAUGUGUGAAAGGAGCAACCCAAGGGUUGUAGGAAAUUCAGACAAGGCAGUCGGAGGCCAACUAGCGGGCUCGUGCCUCCCCCCGGUAUCCUCUGAUGCAGAUCACAUUUUGGACUUGGCCAACGGCGACAUCGUAUCGCGCGGCGGCGGCGCCAGCAGCAGCAGCUGCGCGGGCGAUGCGGCGACUUGCUCGUCCAGUACGGAAGCGUCGUCGGAGGACGAGAUUCACCGGCAGCUGAUUGAGGCCUUUGAGAAGCGGAACAUUGGUGAGACAAAUCGUUUGUCUGUCUGUCUGGGUCCAGUUGCGGCGGCGGCGGAGGCGGAGGCAGACGCGGCGGCGGCGGAGUCCAAAUGGGGAGCGCCCUGGAUGCAGCAGGUUCGUUACCUGGCCCUCCGUUCCGUGAAGACCCGGCGCUUCCAGUCCCUCUCCGUCCAGAAGUCCGCUCAGCUGCUGGUGGUGGCGGUGCUGGCCGGGCUGUUCUGGUGGCAGAUCGGCACCCGCCUGGACUCCCGACAGGCCGCCCUGGAUGUGGGAGGGUUGCUGUUCUUUGUGGAGCAGUUUAUGGGCUUCUCCACUCUGUUUGCGGCGCUGUUUACCUUUCCACUGGAAUUCCAGGCGGGGAUGCUCGUGAAGGAGCGUCAGAGCGGCAUGUACCGCCUGUCCGCGUACUACAUUGCUCGCACCGCCUCAGACCUGCCAAUGGACUGCUUGCUGCCGUCCCUGUUUGUUUGGGUUGUGUACUGGAUGGCGGGGCUGCGGGUGGAUGCGGGCGCUUUCUUCGCUCACUGGGCUUCCGUACUUCUCAUCGUACUCACGAGCCAGUCAGUUGGGCUGUUGAUCGGGGCAACCGUCAUUAACCCCCAAAACGGCCAAACGAUCGCCACCAUUUUCAUGUUGGCGACGAUGCUAGUGUGUGGGUACUACGUGCGGGGCAUACCUGUGUGGAUCGCCUGGUUGAAGUACGUGUCGUACAUUUACUGGGGCUGGAAUCUGCUGCUCAAAGUGGAGUUUCGGCACCGGCCGUUUGAUUGCGGCCUGGUGGCGGAAAGUGACGACGGCCCGGCGGCGAUGGCGGCGGCUGCAGCGGCUGCUGCUGCCGGACAACGGUGCACGGUUGGGCAGGCUGGCAUUUUCGAGAUGAACGUGGAUGUGAGCGUGCGAGGGGGUCCGUGCGUUAUAAUAAUGAUCUGUGCUCCGGUGUAA